GGAUGAAGGAGAAGGGGGGGGACGGGGGGGGUUGGUGCUGCAGAUCCCCUCCCCCCCACUGCUGCACCCGCAGCAGGGGGAGGUAGGAGAAAGGGGGGGCGGGGGGGGCUGGUGCUGCAGAUCCCCUCCCCCCCACUGCUGCUCCACAAUCCUUCACCCCCCAGGGAUGGAGGAGAAAGGGGGGGCGGGGGGGGCUGGUGCUGCAGAUCCCCUCCUGCCUCCCCCUGAACCUCCAAGCUCCUCCCCCCCUCCCAACACAAGGAGAAGGGGGGGGACGGGGGGGGUUGGUGCUGCAGAUCCCCUCCCCCCCACUGCUGCACCCGCAGCAGGGGGAGGUAGGAGAAGGGGGGGGCAGGGGGGGCUGGUGCUGCAGAUCCCCUCCCCCCCACUGCUGCUCCACAAUCCGUCACCCCCCAGGGAUGGAGGAGAAAGGGGGGGCGGGGGGGGCUGGGGGGCGGGGGCGGAGCUGCGCGUGCGACUGCAGGGCACGUGGGCAGGAAGCCGUCACCCCUCUUGCCACCCCCUUACCCUCCAUGACGCGACGGGGCACCGGGGCCAAGGUGCGCGGCUAGGGGCGACGGGGUCGACGGGGCCAACGAGGCCGAGGGUCGCGGCUAGGGGCGAUGGGGCCAACGGGGCCAAGGGGCGCGGCUAG